AUGGCUGAUAUCAAUUUAGCAGAUCUUACAGUCUCUAUUAAUGUGAACAGCGGAUCAUCAUUCAUCGACAUUUCGACAAAAAGCGGUAUUACUUAUCAUAAUUAUAUUGUCAACCCGCCCAAUCCAAUUCCGAUCAAUGAUCAUAGUCGGCUAGCCUUUGCUGACAUCAAUGGGGACGGUUGGGAUGACAUCGUCAUGCAUAGCCUGUAUCCAAAUUUGCAAAAAAACAUCUCGCUUGAGCAUUUAGUAUUCAUCAAUAAUGGAGAUAGCACUUUCACUCAUUUUAGCGACAUAUCAGGCUUGCGGCAAGUGCAAGCUAGUUUUUUCGUGUUUGCCGAUAUAGAUAAUGAUGGUGAUCAAGAUGUGUUUGCCGGUCUUGAUUAUCCAACUGAAGGUUUAACCAACCAUAUUUAUUUGAAUGGCGGUGCUGGGCACUUCACCGUGCUACAAAAUUCAGGCGUUGAAGGCGAUCCAGGCAAUUCUAUUGCUGCAUGUGCUAGUUUUGCCGACUUCAAUAAUGAUGGCAUUCUUGACUUGUACAUAGGUAAUGGUGGAUCACUGAAAGGUGUCGCUGAUCAAUUGUUCUUCGGUAAAGGCGACGGCACGUUUAUAGAAGUAACGACCACUAAUCUGCUCGGCACCAAUCCUAAACAGCCGACAAACGGUGUGGUCGUAUGCGACUAUGACAAUGACGGUGAUGCCGAUAUUUUCAUUUCAACUUAUGGCGUGAGCAUUGAUUUUGGUCACAAGAUUUUGUGGGAAAACGAUGGCAACGGAAAGUUCACCAACAUGGCGGGUGCUCGUGGUAUUUUGGCGCAAGCUACCGGCAACUAUUGGUUACCUUCGACUGGUAAUGGUACUUUGCCCGAACCCGGCAAAGAUACCAGCACAUACGUCGGUUCGAACGGCUUUGGUAUCGAUUGCGAAGAUAUUAAUGGCGAUGGCUUAAACGAUAUUUUCUUGGCCUCAAUUUCACAUCCAGUUGAAUCUGAUUACAACCGUAAGUGGUCUGAUCCAACUCAGCUCUUGAUCAAUCAUAUCUUGAAUGGUAGCAAUCAUGUUUUCGUCAACGAAUUUCUGAAGCGUGGUUUGCCCUUUAAUGAGGGUGACAUUGAUGCCGGCAUUGCCGACUUUGACAAUGAUGGACGACUUGAUCUAGCCCUGACACGCGAUACCAAAUAUGAAUCUAAAUACACAUCUUUGGACCAGCUCGCGUGGUUUGGUCUUAUGCAACAAAAGAACGACGGUAGCUUUGAAAGCUUGGGUGUCAUUAGUGGUAUCAAUGAUCUCCAAGCGACUAAUAAAGCUGCUCGUAUGAAAGGUGGGCAGAAUUUCGGCUGGAGUGAUAUCGACCAUGACGGUGACCUCGAUCUGCUCGUGGGUGGUCGUGACCAAGGUGGCGGUCGCGCCAACUUCUUAUUUGAAAACAUUGUCGGACAACGUAAACCUUGGCUGGCAAUCAAAUUGGUAGGCAAUGGCGUGAACGUGAACCGCGAUGCAAUUGGCGCCCGCAUAACACUACGUUUUCCCCAUUGGGUGAUGAUGCGCGAAGUAAAAUCAAGUCGUGGGACCUAUAGUUCGGCCGAUACCCGCGUAUUGCAUUUCGGUCUUGGUGAUUUUGAUGAGGAUUUUACUCUUGAAGUGCGCUGGCCAGAUAGGACAUCGAAGACUUACAUUCGCAAUAUGUUGACGCUAAACCAUUUUAUUACGAUAGAUUACGACAUGGGACUACAGCUAACAAAUCCUGGAACGUCUUGUUUCCCAAAGAAAAAUAUGCUGUACUGGUCUGAACUUUCUUUAAUCAGUGCAUUUUUUCUUUUAUCAAAUACAUUGCAAUCUGGUAUCAAAAUAUAA